CCAUAAUUCCCCACUGUAAUUAUAUACUACGUCACAUUAUAGCAACACUGUCGCAGUCCUGCACCUUCAGUCACAUUUAACCUUGUAUUUCUGCCUGCUUAUUCUUGUUUGACUGCAGUUUACAUGACUAAUGGCGUGUCCUGUAAAUCACACAGCAUCAGCUGAGUUGAACCCAGCCAUCCUGCCCCUAGACUGGCUCCUGGGAACCUGGGAGUCAGAGGAGCCUGGGGAGGGCUGCUUCCCGACCAUCAACCCUUUCCGCUACAUAGAGACACUGUGCUUCAGCCACGUGGGUCAACCAGUUAUCAACUUCAUGUUCAACGCCUUCCAUGCAGAGUCUAAAAAACCUCUGCACAGGGAGUGUGGUUUCAUUCGAAUUCAGCCGGGAACCAACAGAGUGGCGUUUAUCAUUGCACAAAACUCAGGUCUGGUGGAGAUCGAGGAGGGCGAGCUGACAGGGCACCAGCUGAACCUGCAGACUCACGCUCUAGCCAGAAUUUCUUUUGCCAAGGAGCCUCAUGUACAGCAGAUUUCCAGAGUGUUUCAGCUCCGACCAGAUGGGAGGCUGGAGCAGACAGUUUCCAUGGCAACAGACAACCAACCGCUGAUGCAGCACCUGCGCAUCACCUACCGUCGGUCAUCUUGACCCAACAAGCAGACAGGCUACUUAUACACAGAAAUACCAUAGGCUGGAAUGACAAAUAUUGCUAAAAAAAAAGAAAGGCUUGAUCAGUAACUGAGUCAGAUAACCAUAUAAACAACCUACAGCUAAACAAUUAUAUACAGUAAUUCUGCAAUAUGGUGUGUUGGAUGAGCUGGAGAAGUUAUGGUGUCACAUCAGUGCACCUCAAAUUAAACUUAACAAUUAAUGGUGAAUUUUACAUGACACACACAAAUAACAGGGCUUUGUUUAGGCACUACAGUGGGAUAGAUGCACUGAGGAUUAAUGCUACAGUCAAAAAUAAUAAUAAUCUUUGAGCUGGAAAGCUUUUAAAGCACUGAUGAAAGAAUAUUGAGCACAGUGUCAUUUUAUUGUAUCUUCUUUGCACUAUUAUAAGAUUAAAAGCUAUAAAGUAAGUGCUGCUCCUGGGGUCAAUGUGUGGGAUCAGUGUUUUUUAGUGUGAGAUUCAGAGUUACAGAGAUUUAUUUAUAGAUUGGGUGGCACUGAUUUAAAGUUAUGGUUUCAGGUAGUACAUACAACCUUUUAAAAGAGUUUCUGUCACGGGUAUUAGGGUGUUUAGGUGUAAGGUUUAUGUCUCUGAAUGAAUAGAUUCUUUGGUAUAGAUACUAACAUUAAAAGAUCACACAUUAAAAUU